AUGAAGAAGUUCAUGAUCAGUCUCUACAGCCAUGACAAUACCUCUUACUAUCGCAUCACAAAGCUGAACAAGAACAAAGAGCUUCAUCUGUCUGUCCCUCAAGGGUAUCUUCCUAUAUAUGGAGGAGAAGAAGAAUGCAAGAGAUAUGUCAUUCCAUUGAAGCUUUUGCCCAACCCAAAGUUCCAAGAAUUGUUGAAGCAGUCUUAUGGUGAGGAGUUGGAGCCUCAAAUUGAAGGUGCCAUUAAGCUAUCCUGCACAACUCAGAGAUUUGAAAAGAGCUCACUCUUCCUAUUCUUCUCAUCUUCAUCUUUCUCUUCUAUAGAAGAAAGCUCUGGUCAGUCAGUCAUGGAGAAGCUCAUGAGUCUCUACAGCCAUGACAAUACCUCUUACCAACGCAUCACAAAUCAGAAAAAGGAUAAAGAGCUUUGUGUUUCUGUCCCUAAAGGGUGUCUUCCUAUAUAUGUGGGAAAAGAAUCCAAGAGAUAUUUCAUUCCAUUGAAGCUUUUGGCUGAUCCAGAGUUUCAAGAAUUGUUGAAGCAAUCUUAUGGUGAGGAGUUGGAGCCUGAGAUUGAAGGUGCCAUUAAGCUUUCCUGCACAAUACAGAGAUUUGAGCAGGUUCUCAAGCAAUUGAAGAGAAAAUGA